AUGAUCAUACGACUUUUAGGAUUAGACAAAUGGGCACGUUUUGUUAAAAUAAUAGUAAAAAAUGGUGGCCCUAUUAAGUCGAUUUAUAAAUUGUGGCGAAAUGAUACACUAAAAGAGGGAAAGUUCGUCGGAAGUGAUAGUUUUGGAAAUAAAUAUUAUGAGAACCAUUACUAUAUCCUCGGGCGCAGUCGCUGGGUAGAGUAUAACCCACUUGUUAAGUGGGAAUAUGAUGCCAGCCAAGUGACACCUGAGUGGUUUGGUUGGCUACAUUACAAAACUGAUCGAGUGCCAAGCGAUGAUUGUGCCAAGUAUUCCCUGAUGUCUUGCUCUUAUGUUCGCUGCUGGUUGCUUCCUCACUCGGAAAAUCUUUCUGGCACUGACCAAGCUUACUAUCCCUAUUCAACUACAAAAGCGCGUAUUAAUGUCUGGGACGGUAAAUAAAACGUAUUAUUGACGCUAUAAAGUCAGGGGAAUCCAUAAAUUACAUCACACGAAUUUCACGAUUUUGCGAG